AUGGGAUACAAGGCCGGGAUGACCACCAUCGUCCGCGACCUUGAUAGACCUGGCGCGAAGAUGCACAAGAAGGAGAUCGUCGAGGCCGUCACUGUCAUCGAGACACCCCCCAUGAUCGUCAUCGGCCUCGUUGGCUACAUCGAGACACCCCGUGGCCUGCGCUCCCUGACCACCGUGUGGGCAGAGCAUCUCUCCGACGAAGUCAAGCGCCGCUUCUACAAGAACUGGUACCGAUCGAAGAAGAAGGCUUUCACCAAAUACGCAAAGAAACACUCCGAGAACAAGGGUUCCUCCAUCACUCGGGAACUCGAGCGCAUCAAGAAAUACUGCACCGUCGUCCGUGUGCUUGCUCAUACUCAAAUCCGCCAGACCCCUCUCAAGCAGAAGAAGGCGCACUUGAUGGAGAUCCAGAUCAACGGUGGCAGUGUAGCAGACAAGGUCGAAUUCGGCCACGGACUGUUCGAGAAGCCGGUUGAGAUCGACACCAUCUUCGAGCAGGACGAGAUGAUCGACUGCAUUGCCGUCACCAAGGGUCACGGUUUCCAGGGUGUCACCAGCAGAUGGGGCACCAAGAAGCUUCCCAGAAAGACGCACAAGGGUCUGAGAAAGGUCGCUUGUAUCGGUGCUUGGCAUCCCUCGCACGUCCAAUGGACGGUUGCCCGUGCUGGUCAGAUGGGUUACCAUCACCGUACCUCUGUCAACCACAAGGUGUACCGCAUUGGCAAGGGAAAGGAUGAGAAGAACGCCGCCACCGACUUCGACGUGGUGAACAAGCAGAUCACACCUAUGGGCGGUUUCGUCCGCUAUGGCGAGGUCAAGAACGACUUCGUCCUCCUCAAGGGCUCCGUCCCUGGCGUCAAGAAGCGAGUCAUGACCCUCCGCAAAUCCAUGUUCCCCCACACCUCCCGCAAGGCUCUGGAGAAGGUCGAGCUCAAAUGGAUCGACACGUCCUCAGAGUUCGGUCACGGCGCGUACCAGACACCCCAAGAGAAGAGGCAAUUCUUGGGUACGCUCAAGAAGGAUCUUGUUGCCGCUUCGUAA